CUUGCAUUUGUUUAAUGGGAAAGAAAAAUAAAUUAUCCAAUCAAACUAAGGCAAUGAAUGGUAGAGAAUAAUGAUUAAUGAAAGGGGUAUUUUUGUUUAUUUCUUGAUAUUACAAAAAGGGGUUGAAAUUGAUCAUUAUCAAAUUGGUAAUUUAACUAGAGGACAUUGAUUUUAAUACAUUUUCUAUCUGUCUUGAAAUGUUAGACAACUGAAGCAGUUCAAAUUAUUUUCUAUAAUCUGUGCAGAAAUAAUACCAUUUUCAAGAUUAUUAAAAACACUUCCAUUACCUUAUCAUGGCGCAAUGAAAUCGAAAUGUUCUUAUAACAUUGAUAUGAAUUAAUUGGAUGAAUUUACUUGAAAAUAAUUAUCAUUAACAAACAAUAAUGAGUGAUUAUUCAAUAGAUGAAUUGUCUACAGAAGAUAAUAUUAGCAGUAAUAAUCUGAUAAGACUACCGUCCAAUGAAUCUUCAACAGAAAAUUUAUCUUCAUUGUUUAAACACUUAGAACUACCUAAACAAGAAUUACUUGAUCGUCAGAUCAAUACAACUAAUCCAUUGUUUAUUGCUCCUUUAUCCCAUCACAAUUCAAUAAAUAUAAAUAUUUCUGAAAGACAAACUGAAAUCAAUCAACAAAAUAAUCAGAAUAUAUCUAAAUUAGAAGAUAUUUUAUCGGAUAUUUCAUUGUCUACAUUUUGGGAACCAUUUAAAACUGUUGAAAGAAAAGAAAUUGAAAUAAAAUCUCCCAAAAUAGAAAAUAUGAUAUCAAGAAAGGAUGAAAAUUCAGUUGUCAAUUUUAAGUUACAUCCAAUAUUUUCGGGAAAAUCAUGGGCUCAUUCAUUAUUUAAAGAAAGUAUAAAUUGUUAUGAUGAAUAUAAAGAGAAUCCAGAAAGAAUAUUAGACGAUCAUUUUAGUCGAAUAUGGAAAACACGUGAAGUAUGUAUGCUUUCAGAAGAUCAAAUUGAUUUACAAACUGCAUUUCCAAAGUAUUCCAAAACAUGUAAUAAAACUCGUAGAAAAUGUCAUACAAAUAAACAUAUCUAUUAUGAAGAUAAUAAUAAUAUUCAUCAUAAUUUGAAAGAUUUCAAAAACAAUAUGAAGUUAAUUGGAAAAGAUGAAUUAUCUUAUUGGAAUUGUGAUAAUUCUCAAUAUAUUGAUCAUAAUGAAGAGAAUAUUGAUAGAUGGAAUUCUAACCAAACAUUAAUCAAAAAUCAUUUUAAUUCAUCAAAACAACUUCAAAUCACUACUUCUCAUUAUUCAUAUGAUCAUAAUAAUUAUCAUACUAAUUUACAACAAAAAUAUUAUGUAUGUAAUCUAUGUAAAAAGCAUUACUUUGAACAAAAUGAUUAUCAUGAUAAUUUAUUCAAUCCAAUUGAGGAGGAAUAUACUCCAGUGUAUUCGGAUGAAGUUAUAACAGAUUAUAUCACUUUCCAUACAUCUAUAGACCGAAGAAGAAAGGAAUAUUGGAAUAAAAGAAUAAUUAAUCACCGGUGCCCCUCAUAUAAUAGCUGUUUAGAUAAAUCAGAGGAAUACAAUAACAGAAAAUAUCAUGAUCAUUUCAUUCAAAAUUCAAUAUCAUUACAGGAUGUUACUAAUGAUAAAGAUUUUCUGUUGAAUAACUUCAUAAUUAGUAUAGUUUAUAUAUCAGAAGAUUCAUUACCACACAUAAUUCUAUGUGAAAAUAUUCAAUGGACAUUGAAACUUUUUAAGGAGAAAGUUAUUCAAAAACUAUAUUCCAUUAAUCAAAAACUUCAAAAUGAAAUGUAUAAUGAAUUCCAGAAUUUGAAGAAACGAUUUUAUUUCAAAACUGAAUCGAAUGAAUUAAAUACCAAUAUGAUUUAUUAUGAAAUUAUUGAUGAUACAGAAGUGAUACCUCGUUGGAAAGGUUUAAUAUGGGCUAAAAUUGAAAUAGAUCACAAUGAAGUAUUAUAAGUAGUAAACAUUGGUUUUCAUUCUUGUUAAUUUAUAUGUACAUAUUAUUAAGAUAUAAAAAUAUAUAAAUUAUUUCU